CGGCGUGCGGCGCGGCGCGGCAGGCGCGGAGCGAGUGAGCGAGCGAGCGAGCGAGCGAGCGCCUCCGUCCCCGGAUGUGAGCUCGGGCUGCCCGCGGUCCCGAGCCAACGGCGGCGCGGGCGGCGGCGGCGGGCACCGGGCACCGGGCACCGCGGCGGGUGGCGGGCAUGGGGGGCGCGCGGAGCGGCCCCGGCAGCCGGGCCAGCACCGCCGAGGCGUUCCUCCGCUAGGGGAGGGGACCAAGCCAAUUCUCCUUUGCAGCAAAAAAUUACAUGUAUAUAUUAUUAAGAUAAUAUAUACAUCGGGUCUUAUUUUUUUUUAAAAGUUUAUUUUGCUCCAUUUUUGAAAAAGAGGGAGUGUGGGUGGCGAGCGGUUUUUAGCAAUUAUUCCUAUUUUCUGUUAUCUGUCCCUGUCCCUCCCCACCCCCUGCUGAAGCGAGAAUAAGGGCAGGGACCUGGGCUUCUACCUACCGGUAACCCCUCACCCGCUCCACCCCCGCCCCUACGCCCAGCACAGUGCCCUGCACUCAGUAGGCGCUCAAUAAAUGUUCGUGGAUGAUGAUGAUGAUGAUGAUGAAAAAAAUGCAGCAUCAACGGCAGCAGCAAGCGGACCACGCGAACGAGGCAAACUAUGCAAGAAGCACCAGGUUCUCUCUCUCUGGUGAAGGACCAACUUCUCAGCCGAACAGCUCCAAGCAAACCGUCCUGUCUUGGCAGGCUGCAAUCGAUGCUGCUCGACAGGCCAAGGCCGCCCAAACUAUGAGCACCUCCGCACCCCCACCUGUAGGAUCUCUCUCCCAAAGAAAACGUCAGCAAUACGCCAAGAGCAAAAAACAGGGUAACUCGUCUAACAGCCGACCUGCCCGCGCCCUCUUCUGUUUAUCACUCAAUAACCCCAUCCGAAGAGCCUGCAUUAGUAUAGUGGAAUGGAAACCAUUUGACAUAUUUAUAUUAUUGGCUAUUUUUGCCAAUUGUGUGGCCUUAGCUAUUUACAUCCCAUUCCCUGAAGAUGAUUCGAAUUCAACAAAUCAUAACUUGGAAAAAGUAGAAUAUGCCUUCCUGAUUAUUUUUACAGUCGAGACAUUUUUGAAGAUUAUAGCUUAUGGAUUAUUGCUACAUCCUAAUGCUUAUGUUAGGAAUGGAUGGAAUUUACUGGAUUUUGUUAUAGUAAUAGUAGGGUUGUUUAGUGUAAUUUUGGAACAAUUAACCAAAGAAACAGAAGGCGGUAACCACUCCGGUGGCAAAUCAGGAGGCUUUGACGUCAAAGCCCUCCGCGCCUUUCGGGUGUUACGGCCACUGCGACUAGUAUCAGGAGUGCCCAGUUUACAAGUUGUCCUGAACUCCAUUAUAAAAGCCAUGGUUCCCCUCCUUCACAUAGCCCUUUUGGUAUUAUUUGUAAUCAUAAUCUAUGCUAUUAUAGGAUUGGAACUUUUUAUUGGAAAAAUGCACAAAACAUGUUUUUUUGCUGACUCAGAUAUCGUAGCUGAAGAGGACCCAGCGCCAUGUGCGUUCUCAGGGAAUGGACGCCAGUGUAUCGUUAACGGCACGGAGUGUAGGAGUGGCUGGGUUGGCCCCAACGGAGGCAUCACCAACUUCGAUAACUUUGCCUUUGCUAUGCUCACCGUGUUCCAGUGCAUCACCAUGGAGGGCUGGACAGACGUGCUCUACUGGGUAAAUGAUGCGAUAGGAUGGGAAUGGCCAUGGGUGUAUUUUGUUAGUCUGAUUAUCCUUGGCUCAUUUUUCGUCCUUAACCUGGUUCUUGGUGUCCUUAGUGGAGAAUUCUCAAAAGAAAGGGAGAAGGCGAAGGCCCGGGGCGAUUUCCAGAAACUGCGGGAGAAGCAGCAGCUGGAAGAGGACCUGAAGGGCUACUUGGAUUGGAUCACCCAGGCGGAAGACAUUGAUCCCGAGAAUGAGGAGGAAGGAGGAGAGGAAAGCAAGCGAAAUACCAGCAUGCCAACCAGCGAGACGGAAUCUGUGAACACGGAGAACGUAAGUGGCGAAGGCGAGAACCAAGGAUGCUGGGGAACUCUCUGGUGCUGGUGGAAAAGAAGCGACGCGGCCCAGGCCGGGCCCUCUGGGUGCCUGCGGUGGGGUCAAGCCAUCUCAAAAUCCAAGCUCAGCCGCCGCUGGCGUCGCUGGAACCGAUUCAGUCGCAGACGAUGUAGGGCCGCCGUGAAGUCUGUCACGUUUUACUGGCUGGUUAUUGUCCUGGUGUUUCUCAACACCUUAACCAUUUCCUCCGAGCACUACAACCAGCCUGACUGGCUGACGCAGGUCCAAGACAUCGCGAACAAAGUCCUGCUGGCGCUGUUCACCUGCGAGAUGCUGGUGAAGAUGUACAGCCUGGGUCUCCAGGCGUACUUCGUCUCCCUCUUUAAUCGCUUCGACUGCUUCGUGGUGUGUGGGGGCAUCACGGAAACCAUCUUGGUGGAGCUGGAAAUCAUGUCUCCCCUGGGCAUCUCCGUGUUCCGCUGUGUGCGCCUCUUGCGGAUUUUCAAAGUGACCAGGCACUGGACAUCCCUGAGCAACUUGGUGGCAUCCUUGCUAAACUCCAUGAAGUCCAUCGCUUCGCUGUUGCUCCUGCUCUUCCUCUUCAUCAUCAUCUUCUCCUUGCUCGGGAUGCAGCUGUUCGGAGGCAAGUUUAAUUUCGACGAGUCGCAGACCAAGCGGAGCACCUUUGACAAUUUCCCGCAGGCGCUUCUCACGGUGUUCCAGAUUCUGACAGGCGAAGACUGGAAUGCUGUGAUGUAUGACGGCAUCAUGGCGUACGGGGGCCCGUCAUCUUCAGGGAUGAUCGUCUGCAUCUACUUCAUCAUCCUCUUCAUUUGUGGGAACUAUAUCCUACUGAAUGUCUUCUUGGCCAUCGCUGUAGACAAUUUGGCUGAUGCUGAAAGUUUGAAUACUGCUCAGAAAGAGGAAGCUGAAGAAAAGGAAAGGAAAAAGAUUGCCAGAAAAGAAAGCCUGGAAAAUAAAAAGAACCACAAGCCGGAAGUCAAUCAGAUAGCCAACAGUGACAACAAGGUCAUAAUUGAUGAGUACCAAGAAGAGGAUGAGGACAAGGACCCCUACCCACCCUGCGAUGUGCCAGUAGGGGAAGAGGAAGAGGAGGAGGAGGAAGAGGAUGAACCUGAGGUCCCAGCUGGCCCCCGUCCUCGCAGAAUCUCGGAGCUGAACAUGAAAGAGAAAAUCGUCCCCAUUCCGGAAGGGAGCGCUUUCUUCAUUCUUAGCAAGACCAACCCCAUCCGCGUGGGCUGCCACAAGCUCAUCAACCACCACGUCUUCACCAACCUCAUCCUCGUCUUCAUCAUGCUGAGCAGCGCGUCCCUGGCUGCUGAGGACCCCAUCCGCAGCCACUCCUUCAGGAACACUAUACUGGGUUACUUUGACUAUGCUUUCACAGCCAUCUUUACUGUUGAAAUCCUGUUAAAGAUGACGACCUUUGGAGCGUUCCUCCACAAAGGGGCCUUCUGCCGGAACUACUUCAACUUGCUGGACAUGCUGGUCGUCGGGGUGUCUCUGGUGUCCUUUGGGAUCCAAUCCAGUGCCAUCUCGGUGGUGAAGAUUCUCAGGGUCUUAAGGGUCCUGAGGCCGCUCAGGGCCAUCAACAGAGCAAAAGGACUUAAGCACGUCGUCCAGUGCGUCUUUGUGGCCAUCCGGACAAUCGGCAACAUCAUGAUCGUCACCACCCUUCUGCAGUUCAUGUUUGCCUGCAUCGGGGUCCAGUUGUUCAAGGGAAAGUUCUAUCGCUGCACAGAUGAAGCCAAAAGUAACCCUGAGGAAUGCAGGGGGCUUUUCAUCCUCUACAAGGACGGGGAGAUUGAUAACCCUGUGGUCCAUGAGAGGCUCUGGCAAAAUAGCGAUUUCAAUUUUGACAAUGUCCUUUCUGCUAUGAUGGCGCUGUUCACAGUCUCCACGUUCGAGGGCUGGCCUGAGUUGCUGUACAAAGCCAUCGACUCGAACGGAGAGAACGUGGGUCCGAUCUACAACUACCGCGUAGAGAUCUCCAUCUUCUUCAUCAUCUACAUCAUCAUCGUCGCUUUCUUCAUGAUGAACAUCUUUGUGGGUUUCGUCAUUGUCACGUUCCAGGAGCAGGGAGAAAAAGAGUAUAAGAACUGUGAGCUGGACAAAAAUCAGCGUCAGUGUGUUGAAUACGCCUUGAAAGCACGCCCCGUGCGGAGAUACAUCCCCAAAAACCCCUACCAGUACAAGUUCUGGUACGUGGUGAACUCCUCGCCUUUCGAAUACAUGAUGUUUGUCCUCAUCAUGCUCAACACACUCUGCUUGGCCAUGCAGCACUAUGAGCAGUCCAAGAUGUUCAAUGACGCCAUGGACAUCCUGAACAUGGUCUUCACUGGGGUGUUCACUGUCGAGAUGGUUUUGAAGGUCAUUGCGUUUAAGCCUAAGGGGUAUUUUAGUGACGCCUGGAAUACGUUUGACUCCCUCAUCGUAAUCGGCAGCAUUAUAGACGUGGCCCUCAGCGAAGCCGACCACUAUUUCACUGAUGCAUGGAACACUUUUGAUGCCUUAAUUGUUGUUGGUAGCGUCGUUGAUAUUGCUAUAACUGAAGUGAAUCCAACUGAGAGUGAAAAUAUCCCUGUCCCAACUGCUCCACCCGGGAACUCUGAAGAGAGCAAUAGAAUCUCCAUCACCUUUUUCCGUCUUUUCCGAGUGAUGCGAUUGGUGAAGCUUCUCAGCAGGGGGGAAGGCAUCCGGACGCUGCUGUGGACCUUCAUUAAGUCCUUUCAGGCGCUCCCAUAUGUCGCCCUCCUCAUAGCCAUGCUGUUCUUCAUCUACGCGGUCAUCGGCAUGCAGAUGUUUGGGAAAGUUGCCAUGAGAGACAACAACCAGAUCAACAGGAACAACAAUUUCCAGACCUUUCCCCAGGCGGUGCUGCUGCUCUUCAGGUGUGCGACCGGCGAGGCCUGGCAGGAGAUCAUGCUGGCCUGCCUCCCGGGGAAACUCUGUGACCCCGAGUCGGAUUACAACCCCGGGGAGGAGUACUCCUGCGGGAGCAACUUCGCCAUCGUGUACUUCAUCAGCUUUUACAUGCUCUGCGCCUUCCUGAUCAUCAACCUGUUUGUGGCCGUCAUCAUGGACAACUUUGAUUAUCUGACCCGGGACUGGUCCAUUCUGGGACCUCACCAUUUAGACGAAUUCAAAAGAAUAUGGUCAGAAUAUGACCCCGAGGCCAAGGGGCGGAUCAAGCAUCUGGACGUGGUCACCCUGCUGCGCCGCAUCCAGCCGCCCCUGGGGUUCGGGAAGCUGUGCCCACACAGAGUAGCCUGUAAGAGACUAGUUGCCAUGAACAUGCCUCUCAACAGUGAUGGGACAGUCAUGUUUAAUGCAACCCUGUUUGCUUUGGUCCGCACAGCUCUUAAGAUCAAGACGGAAGGGAACCUGGAACAAGCUAACGAAGAGCUGCGAGCUGUGAUAAAGAAAAUCUGGAAGAAAACCAGCAUGAAGCUGCUUGACCAAGUUGUCCCUCCAGCUGGUGAUGAUGAGGUAACCGUGGGGAAGUUCUAUGCCACUUUCCUGAUACAGGACUACUUUAGGAAAUUCAAGAAACGGAAAGAACAAGGACUGGUGGGAAAAUACCCUGCGAAGAACACCACAAUUGCCCUACAGGCGGGAUUAAGGACACUGCACGACAUCGGGCCAGAGAUCCGGCGGGCUAUAUCGUGUGAUCUGCAAGAUGAUGAGCCCGAGGAAACGAAAGGAGAAGAAGAAGAUGUAGUCAAAAGAAAUGGUGCCCUGCUUGGAAACCAUGUCAAUCAUGUUAAUAGUGAUAGGAGGGAUUCCCUUCAGCAGACCAAUACCACCCACCGUCCCCUGCAUGUCCAAAGGCCUUCAGUUCCACCUGCAAGUGAUACUGAGAAACCGCUGUUUCCUCCAGCAGGAAAUUCGGUGUGUCAUAACCAUCAUAACCAUAAUUCCAUAGGAAAGCAAGUUCCCAGCUCAACCAAUGCCAAUCUCAAUAAUGCCAAUAUGUCCAAAGCUGCCCCCGGAAAGCAGCCCAGCAUUGGGAGCCUUGAGCAUGUGUCUGAAAAUGGGCAUGAUUCCUCCCACAAGCAUGACCAUGAGCCUCAAGGAAGGUCCAGUCGGAAAAGAGCCCGCUAUUAUGAAACUUACAUUAGGUCCGACUCAGGAGAUGAGCAGUUCCCCACUAUUUGCCGGGAAGACCCAGAGGUCCAGGGCUACUUCAGGGACCCCCGCUGCUUGGGGGAGCCCGAGUACUUCAGCGGUGAGGAGGACUACGAGGAGGACAGCUCACCCGCCUCCAGCAGGCAAAACUACAGCUACUACAGCCGACACCCAGGCAGCAGCUUGGAUUUCGAGCGGCCCCGGGGCUACCACCACCCGCAAGGCUUCCUGGAAGACGACGACUCGCCCAUUUGCUACGAUUCCCACAGAUCUCCGAGGAGACGCCUACUACCUCCCACCCCAACAUCGCAUCGGAGAUCCUCUUUCAACUUCGAGUGCCUGCGCCGGCAGAGCAGCCAGGAGGCCGUCCCGCCGUCCCCCACCUUUCCCCACCGCACGGCCCUGCCUCUGCACCUGAUGCAGCAACAGGUCAUGGCAGUCGCAGGCCUAGAUUCAAGCAGAGCCCAGAAGUACUCGCCGAGCCACUCGACCCGCUCGUGGGCCACCCCUCCAGCGACCCCUCCGUAUCGGGACUGGGCGCCGUGCUACACCCCCCUGAUCCAGGUGGAGCCCUCGGAGGCCCUGGACCAGGUCAACGGCAGCCUGCCCUCCCUGCACCGCAGCUCCUGGUACACGGACGAGCCUGGAAUCUCCUACCGGACUUUCACACCGGCCAGCCUGACCGUCCCCAGCAGCUUCCACAGCAAAAACAGCGACAAGCAGAGGAGCGCGGACAGCCUGGUGGAGGCCGUCCUGAUCUCCGAAGGCUUAGGACGGUAUGCAAGGGACCCAAAAUUUGUGUCGGCGACAAAACAUGAAAUUGCCGACGCCUGUGACCUAACCAUCGACGAGAUGGAGAGUGCAGCCAGCCACCUGCUGAACGGGACCGUGCACCCCGGGGCUAACGGGGACGUGAGCCCCGACGCGAGCCGCCAGGACUACGAGCUCCAGGACUUCGGGCCAGGUUACAGCGACGAAGAGCCAGACCUGGGGAGGGAGGAGGAGGACCUAGCAGAUGAAAUGAUCUGCAUCACCACCCUGUAGCCCCCAGGCCGGGGGGGACUAGCUCUGCCCUCAGGUGGGGUGCCCGAGGGCCAGGGAAAAAGUGCCUCAUAGUUAGGAAAGUUUAGGCACUAGUGUGAAGUCCGUGUUUAAUUAGACUUUUGUGCAGGUGAUGUCAUGCCUCAAGGAAGCCAUAAACCUGUAGGGAACAGCUGUGCUCAGAGCUGAGCCCCAGCUGCGGGGACAGCAGGUCCCGCCCAUGCACAGAGGACGGGCGCCGGGCAAGCCUGCCCUCUUGUUCACAGCCCACGCGGGGCACUUGCCCACGCCCACCGCCCACAGGCACGGUGGGGAAGGUUAAAGGUGAUGACGAUCACCGUACCUGUGUCAUUACCUCAGCCAUUGGUCUAGCAUAUCAGACAUUCACUGGGCCCAGCAUAUCCCUCCCAGACACCCUGCUUCCUGGCUCCUGUUCUGAAACAGUCAGUCAGGGCUACCCACCAGCCGUCCUCGCAGAGGGAAGCAGGACCUCACAGGCAAGGUUUUCUGUCCCGUGACACCAGUUGGCACGGGAGCGUGCCGCGCAGAUGGUCGGUUUCUGACUGUCAGGCCAAGGGCAGCCGUAAACUGGAAUCCUAAUGCACUCGCAGCCAGGUCAACUUAGAUACGCUAGUUUGUUUAAAACUUAGACUUACUGUACAUGACUUGUAAUAUACGAUCAUUUGUAUUUGUAAAGAGAUGGUCUAUAUUUUGUAAUUAUUGUAUCGUAUUUGAACUGCAGCAAUAUCCAUGGGUCCUAAUAAUUGUAGUUCCCCCCCACUGAAAUCUAGAAAUCAUUGGUAUUUUUACUCGGACUACACGGAAGUAGGAGAAAUUGAGCCAAUUCUCAUUAAUUCAGUGAAAAAUCUUUUGGGGGGGUGAAAUUUUAAGUUCAAAAGAACUUGACACUAUAUAGAUUUUUCUAAAGUAUUUUGAGUCCCUAGAAGAUACACCCGAUGACUCUUGGCGGUCUUCUCCCUGGGCAAGAGUGCUGUGACUGGAGAGGGUACCCUUUGCUCCACCAGGGGCGGUGUUACUUUCACCCCCUUCCCCGUUAGUUCAGGACAAGACCGACCCCGUGGCACUCCUCGUGGUGGGUUUGCCCACCUGGCCACACAGCACGCUCUUACAGGUGAACGCAGUCCCUCUGCUCGUGGCCCCUGGGAAAGGGGAGGCUGCUCGUCUUAGGAAAUACUAGUAAGGAAUGCCGGGGGUGGGGGGUGAAGGAAGCAAAGUGACGCGAUCCUCAGAGGGUUAGAAGACCGGGGUCUGGACAAAUAGUAUCGUUGCCUUUUUACAAAACAUUGCUGUACUGUGUUCUCUCCGAGGGCUUUCAUAUGCAACUGAAUGAGGGCUGACGUUUUCUCUAGAAUGCACUCCCACUGCGACUGUACUUCCCGAGAAAACCCUCUUUGGGAUCGCUAGACCCGUCAAGGCUUCCUUUUCUGUUCACGGAAUAAUGCUGACUUUGUCGAGUUACCUUGGCAAGGAUUCUCUGCAGUCAAAAACA